AUGCCUCCGGAUACCAGCCUUUAUAUGCCUCACAAAGAUCCCUAUGUGAAGUCCCCAGGAAAACCGUCCAUGCAUCAAAAACACGUUGACAUAUUAGAAAUUCAAGGAAGCCACAGACUUCUCAGAUCAGCAUCUUCCUUCAACUCACAAGAAACUGAUUCAGCCAUCAACCCACUUGGAACCUUGGCUGUCCUCUGCACCUGGGACCAGGCCAAGUUCCUCAGGGGACGGGUGGGCUUCGCAGCGUCCUCUUCACCGGUCCUGGUCCCGGGACACAUCCCAGCAAGCUGUGAGCUCCUCUCUCCCAGCUGGGAACCCCCUGCCGUUUACGGCGUGUUUCCUAACUUCGGGGAGAUCUUAGUCCUGGAGGCCACUGCUCGUCGUCUUUCUCCGGCCCACCUCCUGUCCCUGCUGGUGGACGGCGACAUGAACCUCAGCAUCAUCAUGACCAUCUCCUCCACGCUCCUGGCCCUGGCCCUGAUGCCCCUGUGCCUGUGGGUCUACAGCCGGGCUUGGAUCAACACGCCCCUGGUGCAGCUGCUGCCCCUCGGGGCGGUCACCCUGACGCUCUGCAGCACCCUCAUCCCCAUCGGGCUGGGCGUCUUCAUUCGCUACAAGUACAACCGGGUGGCUGACUACAUUGUGAAGGUUUCCCUGUGGUCUCUGCUAGUGACACUGGUGGUCCUUUUCAUAAUGACCGGCACUAUGUUAGGACCUGAGCUGCUGGCGAGUAUUCCUGCAACUGUUUACAUGAUCGCGAUUUUUAUGCCUCUAGCAGGCUAUGCCUCGGGCUACGGCUUAGCCUCGCUCUUCCGUCUCCCACCCAACUGCAAGAGGACCGUCUGCCUGGAGACGGGCAGCCAGAACGUGCAGCUCUGCACCGCCAUUCUCAAGCUGGCCUUCCCACCACGGCUCAUAGGGAGCAUGUACAUGUUUCCCUUGCUCUAUGCCCUUUUCCAGUCUGCAGAAGCAGGGAUUUUUGUGCUAAUAUAUAAAAUGUAUGGAAGUGAAAUACUGCACAAGCAAGAUCCUCUCGAUGAAGAUGAAGACACCGAUAUUUCUUAUAAGAAACUGAAAGAAGAGGAGAUGGCAGACACGUCCUAUGGCUCAGUGAACGCAGAGAGCUUAAUGAUGGUGGAAACCGCUCAGACUGCUCUCUAAGCGUGGAGACACACAGGAGCAUCUGUCCUGAAGUUUUACUUCGUAUUUAUAGUCUGUGGUAGUGUAUAUGGUUUACCUAAAGGGUAACAAUUGGCUCACAAUACCAUACUUGUAACAGUUUUGAACUUACCGCUGUAAGGCCGCCUUGGUAUAUUCACUAAGCGUUUUCACCAAUUACAAGUCAGUGUCGUAUUAUAACUUGCACCUGGGACUGCGCACGCACGUGAAGCCUGAACAAGUGAAGUGUGCUCUUUGGUUUCAACCAUUAAUCGAUUUCUAUGACUGUUUCGAAGAUGUCAACUCUCAGAAAAUGGGGUUUGGGAAAUGCAGAAUUUUGGUGCACUAUCUUAUAUGAGUAAAAACAAGCUAUAUUUGUAAAGCAUCAUUGAGUUUAAUGUAAUUGUUGUAAAAAAAAAGUGUGCUAGCUUAACUUAUGAAUACUUGACAAUGUUGAAAUUUGACCUGUAUUUAGAAAAAUCCCCAAACAGGUCAAUUAAAUAAUGACAUACAGUAUUUUAGUGUCAAACCUGUUUCAAGUCAGAAAAAAAUACACUAACAUAUUUGAUUACUUGA